AUGAAAGUAUCCAAGUCCGACCUUAAAUCAUUUUUAACUCAAGACCAUACUUCCUUUUCAGUCCUAUCAGUCUCAACUAAGCAUAUCGAAUCCACCGACCGCAUCUCAGUUACCUUAUCCAAAAACUCCGCUCGUUCAUUUUAUUUAGGCAAAGAACUCAAACCAACUCAAUCGCCACCAACUCCUAAAACUAAACCUGAUGACUGUCUUCAAGAUGCACAAAAUUGUGUUUACUUCCAAUUCUUUAACUCUAAGCAAAAAAAACUCUACACUAGAUUUAAAGACAAAGUAGAAGCCAACUUUGAAGUAGAAAGUAGAAGUCCUGGACAUAAAACUAUCAGUUCUUACUUAGCCAAAUAUUUAUCUAAGUCCUUCCACUUACGCUCCCUUUACGCAAAGCAUGGUUUAAAAGAUAAUCAUAAAACUUACCGCUUUUUUAAAAAUCUUUACGAAUACGAACAAAAAGUCGCUAUUCUAAAUGCCGGAAAAAAAAUAGCUGCCGAGAAUUUUCUCCCACUACCAAAAAAUCAAAAAAUUUUCCGGCACUACGAUUACUCUACCGGUCAAACUUCUUACUACUACCGCACUAACGAAAAAUUUUCCGGCACUGCCGCUAAACCUCUCCUCCUCAAAAAAAAUUAUCGUUUAGGCACUCGCUCUUUAAACCCUUUAUCUUUACUCUCUUUAGCUGCUAAACAUUCUAAAAAAGAACUUUAUACUUUUAAAAAACCUAAACAGCAGUUAAGUCAAGACUUCCAAGAAUUCUUAAUUACUAGACUAUUACUCUUAUGUAAAAAAGCAGAAUUUCUCCACACUCCUUUAGAGCAAGAACAAGUCCCCAAAGAAAUUGCUCAAUGUAACCAAUCCAUUUACGCUCACUUUCAAGUUAAACCAGUUCUCCACUUCUCUUUUUUACCUGAACAAGCCCUCACAGUUCGCCAAUUCAUAGAUAAAUUAGACACCUAUGCCCAAGAAUUCGACCUCGAAGAAUCCCAAGACUUUAACUCUUACCCCAUCACCCACAACCAAAAACACCAAAUCACUCAACAGUUAAAUGGACUUUGUGGUUGUGAAAUCCGAGCUCGCAAUCAAUAUUUAGAUAACUGGAAUAUGAAUUAUUACUCAAAAUUUUAUCAAGGAAGAACACCAAUAUAA